AUGACUUCCGCGGCCCGCCUACUGUGGGCUCAUGUCGUGAGCGAGACCAUGCCCAAGGCGAAGACGCCAGCCAGCCCCGGCGUGCCAGGCAAAGUGAAGGAGAAGGGCCAGGGUCAAGCCAUUCAGACAGCCGCGUCCAUGUCCACAUCCACGUCCUCGCCCGCAUCCACGGCGGCCACGGCGAGCUCCAAAGCCCCACCGCCUGCCUGGCCUCCGUUCAAGCCAGCCUUGCCUGUGACGGACCUGCUCCCUGAGCCUCUCGAGCAGUGCCCAGACAAGGUCGUGCUGCUGCCCAAUUUCUGGCCCAAGUCCCUCUGCAACACCUUUGUUGCCUUUCUACGGGGCCUGGCGCUCGAGACAACGCCCGGUGGCCGGCCCAAGCGAAACAUGGCCGCUCGCGUCAACGACCGCUUCCAGGUUGACGAUCCUGCCUUUGCCCGUCGUCUCUGGCUUGGCACCGGCCUUCGUGACGCCCUGCAGCGGGAAGAUGUCAGAGCCCUUUGGGGUGGUGACGUUGUUGGGCUCAACUCCAACAUUCGCGUCUAUCGCUACACGCAAGGACAGUAUUUUGACGCUCAUUGGGGCAUGAUGGGCACGAUGGCUAUUAUCGGGGGUCGCGUCAGGCUCAGGGUCGGAGCCGGGCUCGCCCUCCGCAAGUACGGGCAAGCGCCGCAGUGA